AUGUCUGCCGCCCCCUCUAUCAACACCAGCACCGGCCAACAUGCCGUGGAUCCGUAUAAGACGCAGAACUUCGAAGAUCCUCCUCUUCCACAGAAGAUUGAAGACCUAGCCGCUUUUAUUUCGGAAGUCAAGUUUGGCAUGUUGACGACAAAGCAAUCGGAGGGUGACUUUCUAGCUUCGCGAUGCAUGGCUUUGGCUGCACAGGAACACGGCGGCAUCGACCUCAUCUUCCACACAAACCUCUUCUCCGGCAAAACAAUGGACCUAACCGCCCACCCCCAAGAAACCAACAUGUCCUUCCUAGACCCAAUUUCCGGCGCCUGGGCUUCCAUCUCCGGCACAGCAAGCGUCGUCGCCGACGCGGCUACAGUGCAAAAAUACUACUCGCCAGCACUGAAAGCCUGGUUGGGCGAUAUGGGCGAUGGCGUACACGAUGGUGGGCCCUCUGAUCCGCGCAUUGGCGUGAUCAAGCUGGAAGCCAAGCUGGCGACGCACGUUGCUGCGCGGAAGGGAGUCAUCGGUAGAGCAGUUGAUACCGUUAAGGGAGUUGUGCAAGGGACUGUCCCUCCUGUCAACUCUAUCCGGGAGUUAAGUAUGGAGGAGCUGGCUGAAUGGCGUCGGACACAUCAGGAAUAA